UUAAUCAAGCGCUGACCGUUAUCUCCCGCAGAGUUAGAAAUCAAUUCCUUCAAAUGAGAAGGACGAAUGCCAUCCAAGCCAGCAGCUGAUCCAUUAUAAAAAGAGUUAACAGCCAGCACUAAAUCCUCUUUCGUCACCAACAACCUCGGAAUGCACGAGACGGGCUCCGGUGGAAAAUGCAUUAAUCCCUAUUGGGAAUAUUCAUUGCUAUGCAGACGAUAGUACAGUGCAUGCGGGGUAUCUCGGACAAGCAGCGGCUGGGCAGGCGGUAAUUAAGGAGAAACGGGAGAAUCUUGUCAUUGAACUCAAUCAGGCUUUGGACCACAUUUCCGAAUGGGGUACCAGGAACUUGGUUGAGUUCAAUGCCAAGAAAACUCAGGCUUACGCUUUCACGGCAUAAACAUCGAAAUUCCUUCCCCUUCCCUCUCUUCAGGGCAUAACACUACCGCUACAGAGCAACAUUUCCAUACUCGGUAUGGAAGUUCGCUCAGACCUGAAUCCAAAGGACUACAUCGAAACCGUGAUCAAAACAGCUUCAUAAAAACUCGGAGUCCUGAACAAGGUGCGGUGUUUUUUCACGUCCGAUCAACUGUGCUUGUUGUACAAAACGCAAGUGCGGUCUUGCGUGGAAUAUUGCUCGCACCUCUGGGAUGGCUUCACCAAGUACUUGCUCGAUGCUUUGGAUAGGUUACAGCGGCGCGCGAUCCGCAUCAUAGGCGUGAAGGAGGUGACUAAACACCUUGAGCCUCUUCAAUUACGUCGUGACGUGGCGUCACUAAGCGCGUUCUAUCGUCUGUACAACGGCGAGUGUUCUGAGAUUUCGAUGGAGUUAUUCUCUCUUAUUCCACCUUCCCCUUUCCUUCAGAGGACCACGCGCGCUGGCCUUCAUUGUCACCGUCUUACUGUGGCCAUAAUUCUCUCUCUCUCAAAGAAAUUUGGUGACUCAUUUCUUUGUCGCACUAUCCGUAAAUGGAAUGUUCUGCCCGCUCACGUGUUCCCUCCCUCUUGCAACCUGGGAUCCUUUAAAAGAGGCGUGAAGAAGCAACAUGCAGGCCGGCAGGGUGAGGAUGGCUGGUGUGGCAGGUAG